UAGUCUCUUCUCAAAUAAAAAAAGUGGAUGACAAAAAUUUUGGAAACAAUUUCCUAUAAACUGGAAUUAAUUAAGUAAUAGAAAAACGACGUAUCUCUAAUAACGGCUGAUUCCAAAAUGGAUUUUAAUCGCCUAGAAACGAAAACUGAAAAUUGGAACUCUUUGAGUGAGGAAGUCGAUAUAGGCGAAACUUUAUUAAACAUUUUGGACGAAGUGCGUUCUUUAAAGAGUGAAUUUGAAAAAAGCGAUGAGGAAAGCAGACAAUUAAUACAAAAUCUUAAAAGUGAAAUUCAAAAGCUAAAGUCUAAAGUUAGGACAAUAAAUACCAAUAUAGAAACGGAACUAAAGCUGUUGCCCAGGUUGCCAAUGAAUAGUUUGGAGGAUUUAAGGGAAUUCGAUGAUAAGCUGCCUUUAGACGAUGACUUAAGAGCUGAAUUAAAAAUAUUUCUACAAAGAUGCGAUGGCAGAGAUUAUGCUCUAUUUCUGAGAGAUGGCUUGAGGGCACUAGUUACCGAUGAGUUGGCGGUAAAUUUGACAUGGCGUGGAACACCAGACAAACCCAGUGUUCAAACUUUUACUUGUUUUGUGAUUUUAAGAGAUAUCUGUCUAUCGAAAUUUGCCAAUGUAAAUCUUUUCGAUGUCAAUCGCAAAUGUCAACAACAUUUUCUACACGCUAAAGAUAGAGUAUCUAAAAAGAAAUCAUCAAUGGGAUCUAUAAAACGUCUCACAACGAUCACUUCUAGUAGCCAUAGCCAAACAAAGUUGCCACAUACUGAAGAUAAAAUUUCAAAAACUAAACCUAUAGUUGAAGAUGUAACAUUUCCUACAACACCCACUUUUAGCAGCUAUAGCCUUACCGUUAGACCUAUGACACCUGAUCUUUUAGAGCCUCUUCCUUCGCCACCUUUAUCAACAGCCAAUUUACCUCGGCUACCCUUGAAAACUCUACAAAGUCUAGAAGAAUUUGAUGAUCAACUGCUGGAAAAUUCAAAAUUAAAAAGAACAUUGAAACAAUAUAUAAAUAAAGUGGGUGGCGUUGAUUAUGCGAAAUUUUUGCGUUGCGCAUUUAGAACAAUGAUGACUGAUGAGGUGGCGUUGCAAGUGACCUGGCGUGGUACAAAAGAAAAACAAAGUAUUCAAGAAUUUACAAUUUUUCAUAUUAUAAGAGAUGCUUGUUGUGCCAAGUUCCCUGAAGCAACUAAAUCGGAGAUUAAUAAAGUCUGUCAAAAUCAUUUUCUUUAUGCUAAAGAUAGAUUGAAAAAGAGAUCGAGAAUCUAAGUUUAUUAAUUAAUAGAAAUUUUAUAAUAUUAAGAGGUGUUUUAUUAACUAAGUAAUUACUUAUGUAUAUGAUUAUUUCAUUUAUGGAAAAUAAAUUGACUAGAAAAAUUU